AUGAAUUCAGAUCUUGUCGACAUUAAUACGGGCGGUCAGGGAUUUAUAACCACGGAAGUUGACGAUGAAUCAUGGGAGCUAUUAAAGAGAGAAUUCAACACACUAUUCAGUAAUCUAAGAAAGGAGAAUAACGCGGAAAAUAAGCCCACCAACGAUGAAAGAAAAUCGGCCAGAAGGCCAAUCAAUUUACAAGACCACGACGAUUCACGUUUACUGAAUCACCGAAAAAAUGGUAUUGUCAUCAGUGCUACGCAUAACAGGUUCGAGCGAAGUUCUGACUCCCGUGAUAUGAGAACGUGCGAUUCCAAGAGAAUACGUUUAGCACAAUUUAUUUUUGACACUCUUGAAGGCAAAGAGGUUUGUUUGAAAAUAUUUCAGCAUACGCUAGAACUACUAAGUUUAUUGCUAUGCAAAGCAAAGAUACGAAUACCGUCAAAACUACACUUAGUUAUCCUACAAUUGAGUAUAUUUCGAUACCUCUUGAGAUUUGGCAACUUGACAGUGAAUUUAUUUCAAAUUGCGAAAAAGUUUCGUCAAUAUAGGGAAAUGAGGAAAUCACACCUCCAAGAAAAACCGAUCCGCUUCUAUUCAAAAGGAUUCCAGUUUAGUAACAUAGUCGAAGCCUUCUAUAACUUGACAGAUGAGUUGAUAUUGUUGCACAAGUUAAAAUCAGUUUUUAGUGGAAAAAACAUUUCAAGUAUUAACGCCGGCAAAUUUACGAGGUUUAUCAAACAACAACACAACAUCCUAUGGGAGGUUUUAAAUAUUAUUGCUAUGAAUAAAAACAUUUUCCAAUGGCAGCAGCUAAUGAAAGAGGAGAUUUAUUUGAAUCUAUUUAAUAUUAAUGACAACGCAGCGAAAGAACACAAAUCAGAGUAUAAAGUACUUGCUAAUAACAAAAUUAACUUGAAAUUACAGAAAAAUAUUUCUGCAUUCGAUUUUUAUAAGAUAAUACUGAACCUAUUGUCUAAUCUAAUCAAUAUCAAGAAUAAAAGGAAAGAAUUUAACUCAUGCUUAACUUAUGAAAUUAUUACAAUGGGUUCCUGUAUUGCUGAACUCGUCAGGCUUUGGAACCAAGCCAGACUGGCUCUGGCUGAGGAGUAUGCAAGCGCUACCUGA